GUCCUUCUACAGACAUAAACAUGGCUUUUAAUGGUACUUGGAAAAUAGACAGAAAUGAGAACUAUGAAAAGUUCAUGGAGACGAUGGGUGUUAACAUGAUGAAAAGAAAGUUAGGAGCCCAUGAUAAUCUGAAGAUCACUAUUCAACAAGACGGAAACAAAUUUACUGUCAAAGAAUCAAGCAACUUCCGGACCAUAGAAAUUGAAUUCACUCUGGGAGUGAAUUUUGAGUACAGUCUGGCUGAUGGGACUGAGCUUACUGGUUCUUGGAACAUGGAAGGAAAUAAACUUGUAGGAACAUUUACUAGAAAAGAUAAUGGAAAAGCACUCACAGCAUACAGAGAAGUUGUAGGUGAUGAACUUGUUCAGACCUAUGUAUAUGAAGGAGUUGAAGCCAAGAGAAUCUUCAAAAGGGGCUAA